ACACUCGCUUCUAUACAAGUUUCCACCACCACAGAUAAUCUAGAAAUACAAAUAGUAACCCAAAAAAAAAAACACUUUUUUUGAGCUUGAGAGAGAUCGCAACAAUGGCGAACGAGGUGAUCCUUCUUGAUUUCUGGCCGAGCAUGUUCGGGAUGAGGACGAGGAUCGCGUUGAGGGAGAAAGGUGUGGAGUUCGAGUACAGAGAAGAGGAUCUGAGGAACAAGAGCCCUCUGCUUCUCCAGAUGAAUCCGAUUCACAAGAAGAUCCCGGUUCUCAUCCACAACGGCAAACCGGUCUGCGAAUCUUCCAUCCAGGUUCAGUACAUCGACGAGGUCUGGUCUCACAAGAACCCUAUCCUCCCUUCCGAUCCUUACCAGAGGGCUCAGGCUAGAUUCUGGGUUGAUUUCAUCGACAAAAAGAUGUACGAUGCGCAGAGGAAGGUGUGGGCGACCAAAGGGGAGGAACAAGAGGCAAGCAAGAAGGAGUUCAUCGAGCUACUCAAGACUCUUGAAUCUGAGCUUGGAGACAAACCUUACUUUGGUGGCGAUGACUUUGGCUAUGUGGACAUUGGAUUGAUUGGUUUCUACACCUGGUUCGGAGCAUACGAGAAGUUUGGUAACUUCAGCAUCGAAUCAGAGUGUCCGAAACUCAUCGGUUGGGCUAAGAGGUGUCUGCAGAGGGAGAGCGUGGCUAAGUCGCUGCCCGAGUCAGAGAAGGUCACUGAAUUCGUCUCUGAGCUCAGGAAGAAAUUUGUAGUUGAGUAGAGAUCCGUUUCUUUGUCGUUUGGUUCCUGUGCUCGGUUGUGUUUCUGUUGUUCUUUCUUAAAUAAUGCAAGAGUAAUCUAUCUGUGUGAGGUGGUUUGUAGAGAAUGUGUGUCUUUGUUUAAAGUGAUUUCUGUUCUGGUUUGUAUGCAUCGUAAGUGUGGAACGAAUGAUCUUUUUUAAGUAUCUUGUGAUUUCUAAUUAGAAUAUUAACUAUUUAUUUA